CCUGCAGCCGUGGGCAGCGAGCGGGUUAUCUAGCGGGAUUUAGGGCCGUGUUGACUUGGUGAGUGGAUCGGUUUGCUUGGGUGCUCUCAGGGAUAUUUGCUUAGCCAUCCGUUUGUUAGCUGAGAUUUAGAAGUAAACAUUGGAUGUGUAGGUUUGCUUGCUUGUGUGUCCUGACCUCCCCGGCAGAUCUGAAGGCAGCGGGUGUGCAGUCCCACCUCGGCAGAGGCCCUGCCUGUCCAGUAGAGGCAGCCGCUAACACCCUUGGUCAGCCCCGUCUUCCUGGCAUCGUUAACCUCAGAUUCAUGCAUGAGUGCUGUUGGCAUGCUUCGGGGAACUGCUUAAUGGCCUGCAUUAGGUCUGAAAUGAGGAUGACUGAGUUGUUUGUUUUGUUUUACUAGAGUUGGACAAGUUCUAACCAUCAAAGCCAAGGUCACUAGAGCGUUCAGCACAAGCAUGGAGAUCAGUAUAAAGGUCACAGUCCAGGACACGUUCACUGGGGUUGAAAAACUUGUUAGUGUGGCUUUCUCCACAUUUGUAGUCAAACCACUUGGAGAAGAGAAGAUUCGCUUAAAGCCGGUCCCGCUUCUCACGGAGCAGGAUCGCGUGCAACACAAUCUGGCUUCGGAGAGGAGGAAAGUUCGGCUGCAGCACGAAGACACUUUUAACAGCUUGAUGAGGGAAAGCGGCAAGUCUGACGAUCCAGUUUCUGCUGAAGAAGGGACGGUGUCCACCAGGGGCACCUCUGCCCAGAGCGUUGAACUUGUCCUCCCGCCCCACGCAAACCACCACGGAAACACAUUUGGUGGCCAGAUCAUGGCCUGGAUGGAGACGGUGGCUGCUGUUUCUGCAAGCCGCCUGUGUCACGCGCACCCCAUCCUCAAGUCCGUGGACAUGUUCAAGUUCAGGGGCCCGUCCACAGUUGGAGACCGGCUUGUCUUCAAUGCCAUUGUCAACAAUACCUUUCAGACCUGCGUGGAAGUCGGAGUGCGCGUGGAGGCCUUUGACUGUCAGGAGUGGGCCGACGGCCACGGCCGGCACAUCAACAGCGCCUUCCUCAUUUACCACGCGGUCGACGACAGGGGCGAACUCCUCCCGCUUCCCAGGGUCAGACCCAUCUCAGAGGAUGAUUUCAGGCGCUAUCGGGGAGCCAUUGCACGCAAGAGAAUUCGCCUAGGCAGAAAAUACGUAAUUAUGCACAAAGAAGAGGUUCCACAUUGCACCCACUGGGAUCUAAGCAAGCAGGCAGCGCUCAGCAGCGGCAAUGUGGAGGCGCUCAGAAGGCUGGCAGCCAAAAGCGGCUGGGAGGUGACCAGCGCUGCGGAGAAGAUAAAAAUAUACACCCUGGAAGAGCAGGAUGUUCUGUCCAUCUGGGUGGAGAAGCGUGUGGAGAGCCCUGCGCACCUGGCCUACCAUCUGCUGUCUGACUUCACGAGGCGACCUUUGUGGGACCCGCAUUAUGUGUCCUGUGAAGUGAUAGACCGGGUGAGUGAAGACACCAGAUAUUACCACAUCACCUGUCCUGCGACCACUGGGACAAGCCCGGACUUGGUUGUGCUUGUGUCACGAAGAAAGCCUCUCAGGACGGGGCACGCCUACACCGUGGCGGCGAAGUCGGUCAUGCUGCCGUCCGCCCCGCCAUCUCCUGACCACACCAGGAGUGAAAUCAUAUGUGCCGGCUUCCUCAUCCACGCCAUUGACAGCCAUUCCUGCACCGUGUCUUACUUUAACCAGAUGUCUGCUGCUAGCAUCCUUCCCUUUGCUGGAAAUCUGGGCGGCUGGUCCAAGUCCAUUGAAGAAGCGGCAGCCUCUUGUAUUAAAUUCAUAGAGGACGCUACUGAUGAUCAGAAUCCAUCACGUCAGCCUCAGCAAGACGGCUCGUGACGGCUGCAGGAGCUCCCCGUGAAGUCUAGAGCCUUCCACAGGUGAGACGUUUUGCCUCAGCUCCCCUCUCACUUCCUGCCCAUCCAUGCACACAGUCCAGGUCUGGUCACGAUUCCUUGCAUUUGCCUGUUUUGCUGUUUUCCUGUGUAUGAACUUUAGACUCAGGUGCAUUUCUUAAAUUACUUUUGUUAAAGAUUUAUUUAUGGGGCCAGUGCUGUGGUAAAGUCGCCGCAGUGCCGGCAUGCCAUAUGGCUGCUGGUUCUAGUCCCAGCUUCUCCUCUUCUGAUCC